CACACACACACACACACACACACACACACACGCACGCACGCACGCACACGCGUAAACACACACACACAGAGUUGAGUUAAUGUUACAUAACGUAGUGUAAGAAGACCUGUGAGUCAAGCAGCUCGAUUCACAGCUCAGUAAGCGGACACCUAAAUAAAAGCGAUUUCUGCCAGGAUUUGUGUGUCUGUAACUUCCAUCUCUCUAUUCAGCUGAUCUGCCAUCAUACACACCUGGCCAGCUGUGACUGAUCCUCAGAGACUCCAGCAUCACCCAGGUCUCACCAGCUCAGUGGUGAAAACACACACACACACACACACACAUUUGGAGUUAUGGCGGAACCGGAGCUGAACGACGCGUCGCUGCGCUCUCCGCGCUCUGGGUCUGGAUCCAUCUCCUUCCCCUUCAUGAGGGAAGGCAGCCAUGUGUGGGAGAAAGCAGGGGAUCUGCCCAGCCCUCUGCCCACCAAGCGCACUCGCACUUACUCUGCCACGGUGCGGGCAAACUCCGGUCCUAUGUAUAAGGGUGUGUGUAAGAACUUCUCGAGGUCACAGGGUCAUGGAUACAUCAAACCUGCUAAUGGUGGAGAAGACAUCUUCGUCCAUAUCUCAGACAUCGAGGGCGAGUACGUUCCCGUGGAGGGUGACGAGAUGACGUAUAAAGUGUGUCCCAUCCCACCCAAGAACCAGAAGGUGCAGGCCGUGGAGGUGAUCAUCACACAUCUGAACCCUGGAACCAAGCACGAGACCUGGUCCGGCAAGAUCAUCAGCUCCUAGGCUCCACCUAGACCUGCUGGCUUUGGCCUGGACUGAAUCGGGGAGGUCGUUCUUUUUUUUUUUUUUUUUUUUCCUUCUAAAGUAGGAACAACGCAGGUGAACACAGUGUGCAGAAGGACGGAGGUGAGGAAGGAGAAGGAAUGUAUAAUCACGUAGUUGCGUUUCAGUAAAGUGCGACAGAAAAGUAAAAGAAAAAGAAACAAAGAGGGAGACGGAAAUCAAAAAGGUAAGAAUUACGAUCCCGUAGUUUAAAAGCAGCAACAGGAAGCAGAGCGAGAGGAAGAGAGCAGAACAGAUGGACACUGGAAUAUAAAAGCGAUUCGGUUUCCUUCUGACAGACGCAAACGGAAAGGAGCAAACUGGGAAAAAGGGAAGCGAGAAUACUGUGAAAGACAAAGUAAUGACUCAGGACUUCCUGAAGUCAUGCGAUCGAAUCCUUUCUCAUAAGUGUUUUUUUUUUUUUGUUUAAUCCUUGUUUAUUUAUUUAUUUGUUUGUAUUUUUUUUUUUUCGUCUGGGUGGGCGGAGCCGCCGCUCGGGAAUCCGGUCGCAGACGACGCUGGAAACCGAUAGUAAUAUUGCACUUAAAACUUGAAGCCCCAAACUUCUAGCGUACUGCCAAGCUGAGUCGAGCUCCAGAGUUCCAGCAGGAGCGAUUCAGGGUAAACAGUCAGGAUUUAUCACAGAGCUCAGAUCAGAUCUCAUCACACUUCUACUGCGAUCAAAGUCCUGAAACGUCUCGUACUAACGUUAGAAAACUGUAGUCAAUUCACCAUUCGGUAGAACCUCGGCGGUGACAGUAGCUCUUCAGUCGAUCACGUCUAAUUAAAUCUACUGCUGCACGUAGUCACGUCCUCCAACACGAUUUCUAUGCAUCUUUUCUACGCCUCGUCGUUUUUGUAUUUAUUUCAUUCGAUCAUGUUUUUAUACUCGACCGACAACUCGGUUAGUUUAGAUUCGAUUUUUCACCUCCGGUCCGAUCGCUGCGGCUGGUGUAGGUGUCAUUUAUGUGCGAGUUAACAGAAAAAUAAGGGACAGGUUUUAGUUAGUCACGCUCCUGUGACACACUUCCUCAUUUCGCCUCGAUUUAUCAUUUUCGAAACUUCACCGAACGUGAAUGAUGGUGGCUUCCGAUUGGUCAGAAAGUUUCGAUUGGUUUCCUGUAUCAGCAGCUCUGACGGUAGCGCGACUCCGACUAAUAAUAAAUAUUUUUAAUAAAGUGUCUCGAAACAAAAACCCGGGGUUGUCGUUAUGGUGACGUGUUUAUUUACCGUUUAAGGAAGGGAGUCUCCAGUGCCAGCGCAUCGUAGCAGGGUUUUUAUUUUUCUCUCCACGGGAAAUGUUCAGGACGGUAACAUAACAUUAUUAACAGAAAUCAUUAACCAGUUUGUUGUGAUGGUACACUGUUUUCUAGCUGCUAUAAUAUGUGUAUAAAAGGAACUAACCAACAUUAAAUGGAACUGUUAACUCAUUAAAA